ACGCGAGUGCUGGAGGGGCGAAGGGCUGUUUUUGUAGAUGCUGGAACGUGGAUAUCCGUGUGUAUACUGACAGCGGUAGGCAUGGAGCGGCGGAGCGUCCAUUGAGCGCGUUUAUUAACGGCGUUUUUUACGAGUAAGAUAAGAGAUCACACGGGAAAAAUAACGAUAGCAGCUGAGUUGAGAGGCGCACAGAACCCGGCAAAGAGGAUGGAGGUAGAGAACAGGGCAAAUGGGUUCGAGUAUUCAGAGAGAAACAACGUGAAGUCCGUCAAUGGCUUCUACACUGACCACCCCCUGGAGACUGACCAGGCUGACGGGAUAGAUGACCAGGCAGAGCAGCGCACGUGCCUCAUCUGCGGUGACCGCGCCACAGGCCUGCACUAUGGAAUCAUCUCCUGCGAGGGCUGCAAGGGCUUCUUCAAGCGCAGCAUCUGCAACAAGCGCGUCUACCGCUGCAGCCGCGACCGCAACUGCGAGAUGUCGCGCAAGCAGCGCAACCGCUGCCAGUACUGCCGUCUGCUCAAGUGCCUGCAGAUGGGCAUGAACCGCAAAGCAAUCAGAGAGGAUGGGAUGCCUGGGGGUCGGAAUAAAAGCAUCGGGCCUGUUCAGAUCUCGGAUGAGGAGAUUGAGCGGAUCAUGUCUGGCCAGGAGUUCAAGGAGGAAGCCAGCCUACCGGAGCACACCUGGAGCAACAACGGCGACAGCGACCACAGUUCCCCCAGCAACGGCGUAUCUGAGGGCAACCAGCCCUCGCCGGCCUCCACCUUGUCGUCGAACCGCUCUCUGGAGAUGAAUGGCUACUCAUCGGCGCUCCGGGAACAAUACAUGGGCACACCGGUGGCACCGCACUACCCGUUCCUGCCGCACCUCUUCGGCUACGCUGCAGCGGCGCAGUCGGGCCUGCUGCCACCCCAGCCCCGUAACCUGUACCCCCAGUCGCAAACACUCAUCUCCCAGCUGGUGGCCGCUGAGGAAAUGGCACCCCUGGGAACCCCCAUGCUCAUCGAAGACGGAUACAAGGUGACGCAGGUGGAGCUCUUCGCCCUGCUCUGCCGGCUGGCAGACGAGCUGCUCUUCCGGCAGAUCUCCUGGGUGAAGCGACUGCCUUUUUUCUGCGAGCUUUCCAUCGAGGACUAUACCUGCCUGUUGAGCGCCACCUGGCAGGAGCUGCUGCUGCUCUCCUGCCUGACCAUCUACAGCGGCCAGGUCUUCGGCGACCUGGCCGACGUCACCGCCAAGUACACGCCGUCCGACGACGAGCUGCAGGGGUUCAGUGAGGACAGCAUGGAGGUGAUGGAGAGGCUGAUAUAUCUGUUCCGCAAGUUCCACCAACUGAAGAUCAGCAGUGAAGAGUACGUCUGCAUGAAGGCCGUCAACUUCCUCAACCAAGAUAUUCGGGGGCUGACUAACGUAUCCCAGCUGGAACAACUGAACAAGCGUUACUGGUACGUGUGCCAAGACUACACGGAGUACAAGUACCCGCACCAGCCCAAGCGGUUCCCGGAAAUCAUGAUGUGUUUGCCGGAGAUCCGCUGCAUUGCAGGGAAGCUGGUGAGUGUCCCCCUGGAACAGCUCCCCCUGCUGUUCAAAGCUGUUCUGCACUCCUGCAAGUCCAGCUUGAAUAGCUACAGGACAGGGAGCUCCCCCUGCAUCACCACAGGCUCCGCCCCUGGGAACUAAGCCACGCCCACCGAGUCCGCUUAGCGAGGGACCAGAGGGGGACUGCACCCCCCUUUUUGUGAAUGUGACAAGCAGCUAUUUUAAGCUAUUUUCUCUUUAUAUUUAUUUCACGACAGAGCUGAAUGUAUGACGACCUACGCAAUGCACACGCUUCUGUACAAACUACUGCACAAAACGACGCCUCGGUCUUCACAGUUUACAAGUGUGUGUUUGAUCGUUUAAUGUAACCGCAUUGCCAUUUUAGGGCUAGCUUUUAUAGAUGUAUUUUAUUUCUUUCGUAAUGCGGGGUUAUUGCAUCAGAUGAAUUAUGUUUUAUUGAAAGACUACCUCAUUAACAUAUUUUUGUUAUUCUAGGUACCAUUUUUUUCCUUCUCUUGAAAAUGUUCCCCAGUCUAAAUUUUGUUAUCGAUAUUCCUUUUUUCCCCCCCCUAAACCAAAAAUUUGCCACGUCCAGCAGUGUUGCUCAACAGCUGCAGCUGUCACGAAAAUUGCCGUGUUUCCCGAUUAGGACAGUGUUAGAUGUGCAUUGCACCAUGGGAAACGCUGGGCUGUUUUCUGAAAAGCGCGGGUUUGAAUGUAUUCAGGCAGCUUCUCUGAGAUGCCGAUCAUAGGCUGGUUGCUCAGGCCAUGACGAGCUUCGGUAACCAGCUAACCAGCUUCUUAACAGGUAUUUUAUUCUCGACUUCUGUGUGUCAUCAGGAAGCUUUAAGAAGGAGAGAAAUAUAUAUACAAUAGACUUAAGAGUUAGACUGAAUCUUCUAAUUUAUUCAGUCUUUUAAAUGGUUCAUUAUAUUUUAGAUAUACUUAAAAGGCUAUAUAUAUAUAUAUAAACAUUGAUAGAUUUAUUUUGUGUGUCAGGUUUGCCUCAUAGUACAGCUGUAUGCCGAGGUCUGGCUCCCAGGAAGGUUUGCCUGUCGUUUUUCUGCUGUCGGGCGGCUUGCUAAUGCAAGAAAAAAUUUAUACGGGUAUUUUCUACAAUCCUGGACUGGGGAAAAGGGAGUGGGGGGAGAAAGAGAGUGAGGUGUGUUUUUAUGUUUGCUUGUUUUUGUUUUUUUUCCUCUCCUUGCUUUUUGACCAAAGUGUAGGAAUAUUAUGCAAGAUGUUUUUGAGCGCCCUCUACAGGAGUGGUGGUGUAGGGCAGGCGUCCAUGGCGUGCUGAUGGCAUGAGCCAGUCUGACAGAGAUGCAGCUGGUGCCUAGCAGUCGGGGAGAUGAACCUCUGGUGGGUGGGAUUGCCCUGAGCCGCAGAGCUGGAGCCGGUGCCCCCCCAGGGGUCCAAACAGUGACUUUUACCUGCUGGUGAAUCAGCUGCUUCCGGUUCCUGUCAGUUUUCUGUGACCUGAAAUGCAUUUCUGCCUGGUUAUAAACAGGAAAAUCCCCAUAAGAAAUAUUGAUUUGGUGGCAGGAAGCCCCUCAGACUGGAUGGGUGCAAUCCUUUCCAGUAUUUUAGUGCUAAAUUUGAGAUUUCCAUUUUGUAAAAUC